AUGACCAAUCAGACGAUCAGGCUUGAAUCCAGCAACGAGUGGAUCAGCUGGUACAAGGCCCUAAAGGUCAAAUCAAAGAAUGAGGAUCUAUGGGCCUACAUCGACCCAACGGCAUCCAAUAAGCCCACCCUUAAGGUGGUCGCACCCGUACCCCCCGAUAUAUCGGCGGUAGGACGGCGAAGCGCUACAGCCGCCAGAGCGGCAACUACCAUAGAAGCAUCAUCUUCAUCAACACAAGAGACAGCCACGCAGGAAGUCGAUCCCCCUGUUGUCGAACCAGACGGAAACCAUACCGAAUACGAAAUACAGACUCAACAAAUACCGUAUCUUACGGAGAAAGAUCACCGAACGGUCGCCACGAUGAGGGCGACAUACGAGACAUAUCUGAAGAACUAUAAGGACUUAAAGAGGAGGACAUCUAUUAUUCAAGAUUGGGUGCUAGAUACAGUAGAUGAAGGGAUUGCGAGGCACCAUUUUUCAGAAGAUGAUACUCUAGCGGAAUGGGUUCAGUCUCUCCAUGAUGAGUUCUCCUUAACGCAAACAGAGCGGAAGCAGGAGGCUCGCCGAGCAUACAGAGAAGUCUUGGCGAAACCCAUACGCCGUAGAUACACAACCUAUAAAGGAGCGAGUGACUGGCUUAAGCGAUGGAGGACCUCAAUCAAUGAAGCCCGAGAUGUAGGCCUGCAAGAGGCUGAAGAGGCAGAUCAGUGGUUUCCUGAUCUUAUUACGGCUUUAAGGUCAACCCCACUAGAGUCGUGGGCAAACGCCUACAGUGUCACCCAAAUGAAUCAUGUUCGGUCCAACACCCUAUCCAUCGGCGUGGUAGCGGCGGAUAUUCGGCUAGCACUAGCGUCACAGCCAGAUACGCAGAGAGCUAAAGUAAGCCAUGGAGCCUUCCUAGUUGAACGAGGGGAAGAGGCUGGAGAAGACCAAGAUACCCCGAGGAAGCCCAGGCAAAAGGAGCGGAAAGGAAAGAAGCGUCCUCGCCAAGGACCCGGCGAAGAUAAGGCAGGAAGAUGUGAAGCAUGCGGACUGAGGCAUACCUUAUCAAACUGCUUUUAUGCUUUCCCUGAGAAGGCCUAUACUGGGUUCAAACCAGUACAGGCUCUCGCCGACCAGGCGCAGAGAAGGAUAGAAGAAAACAAGGAAGGUAUAGCUGAUCGAAUCAGGAAGCUGAAACUAGAAGGAUCGGCCUGA